UCAAAAAGAUAAAUGAUCAAAUGACUCAAUAGAGGCCAACCAUAACCACCUGCAAAUGAAGAGAACUCCCAGUUCUUCCCAUAGCCUUCAAUCAAGCCUCAGAAAACAAGAAUCCAGCAAUGACGCCCCAAACAACUCCCACCAAAAUUCUAGCUCUGCUCUCAAGUAUAUCAGAGCUGCAGCCAAAAAAGUUGCAGGAAUUCUCACACUGACCUUUCUCUUCAAACCCAGAAAGGCCACCAAAAAAGCCAUAAAGAAUGGCCAAAUUAGAGGGGUUUCUUCUUCAAUUGAUCUUUCCACAGGAAGCUAUCAAAGAAGUUUCUCAAAAUUCGAUUCAUUUGGUUCUUCCGGUACUGCUGCGAGUGGACUCGCUAGGACACCGAAUUUCUCCUAUGAAGAGAUUUUCAAAGCAACCCAGAAAUUCUCUCCGGCAAAUAUAGUAGGUACGGGUGGCUUUGGAGAAGUGUACAAGGGAAGGCUCGAAAACGGAACUUUCGUAGCUGUAAAGCGUGCAAAAAAGAAUACAUAUGACAGGGUUGUGUCCUCAGAGUUCAAGAAUGAAAUUAUAACCUUGUCAAUGAUUGAGCAUCUAAAUUUGGUAAGAUUAUACGGGUAUCUGGAGCAUGGAGACGAGCGAAUCAUUCUGGUUGAGUAUGUUGGAAACGGGACACUUCGGGAACAUCUCGAUGGUACACGCGGAAAUGGACUUGAAUUUGCAGAGCGUCUAGAUAUUGCAAUUGAUGUAGCUCAUGCAGUUACCUACCUCCACACGUAUUCAGAUCCUCCAAUAAUCCACAGAGACAUAAAAUCAUCAAACAUCCUCAUCACGGAGAAGCUACGAGCGAAAGUGGCUGAUUUUGGUUUUGCACGGCGAGCGGCAGAUCAAGAAGUUGAUGCCACUCACAUUUCAACCCAAGUUAAAGGAACAGCAGGCUAUUUGGAUCCUGAGUACCUUAGGACAUAUCAGCUGACUGAUAAGAGCGACGUUUACUCCUUUGGCGUGUUGCUUGUGGAACUGAUGACAGGAAGACACCCCAUUGAGACUAAGAAGCCUAAUAGCGAGAGACUGACAAUAAGAUGGGCAAUGCAGAAGCUGAAACAAGGAGAUUCUGUACUUGUCAUGGACCCAAUACUGAGAAGAACCCCAGCAUCAACCAUGGCAUUGGAGAAAAUCCUCAAACUAGCUCACCAAUGCCUUGCAUCUCUAAGACAUUCAAGACCUUCCAUGAAAAAAUGCGGUGAGGUAUUAUGGGGAAUUCGAAAGGAGUUUAGAGAAAAAGCUUUCCCUCCUCAUCCUACGUUUACUUCUCAUCAUUCAGCCAAUUAUCCUCAGACGGAUUCAAGACAGACUAGACAUAUUACAUUUGGGAUUGAAGAUGAAGAUAGUCGCAAGUUCAUCUCUGCAUAAUUGAGUGUUUUCUUUUCUUUUC